CCAGUCUUAAACAACUUGUAAACGACUUCCAAAUUAUUCUGCUUUAUUGGACUGCUCUUUUAUUGUUAGUGCCUAGAAGUCCAAGGCACAGAUCAAGGCAACUCCACGCUUAAUCCAGUGCCUCUGAGAUUUACUGCAAACUCAGCAGUGAAAUCCGGCCGAAUCUAUCUGAAUUGCACAAACCGGUAGAGCUGGCGGCGGGAGGCUCCGCCCACCCGCCGGGACAUCGUUACGUCCUGUUUUUGACCCUGUGCACAUGCACAGAAGGCUCUGCACAUGUACAAAAGAUGCACGUGCACUCCCAUUUCCGAACCAGUAGCGAAGGAAUGCAAACAUGAGCUUGUGUUUCUCAAAGAGGCUGCGACAAACAUUGCUAUAGAGGCUAAAGCAAAUCCAAGCAGACCAUAUUGGAGAUUUUCUGUACAUAAGGAUUCAUCUGAUGUUAUCCCAAUGUACUGAUGCCCAGCUGGCAUAUUGAAAUAACAGUAAAGAGCCGCUCAAGGAGGCAUCAAUUCUAGAAGGGUUAGAGGAACAAUCCAAAAAUGUUCACACGGAGACGCUCCAGAGCUUUCUUGGAGGAGGACAUUGACAGAGGAACAGAGUUUGUAGAGGUCUUGAAAACUAUCUACCCCAAGGCAACUACUCUUGAUGCAAAGGACUUUGACUGGCUCUUUGACUGUCCCGAGACAGAACACUUUCUGGAAUGGUUCUGCAACACAGUGGGAGAAGAGAAUGUGCUGACUACUACAGAACUAGAGGACUAUGAGAAACUGGUAACUUCUGGGAAGCCCAUCUUAGAAGGUGAAGCAUUGGAGGAAGUGUUGAGCACCUGUAACCAGUUUUUUCAGCUCAACAGUGAGCUACAAGAAAAUGAAGCCCCACCCAUUGAGUUACUUGAACAAGAGAUGCAGAUGCUGAAGAAGCAGUGUGCAUGUAAAAAAAUGCGAUACAACAAGCUUCAGAUUUGUGUAGCCAGUUUAAAGCAAAAGCGCUGUCGUUUAGCAGAUGAAAAAGAAAGAUUAAACAGAGAACUAAAGAAGAUGCACCUAAAGCUUGAACUAGAGAAUUUUCAAAGCAACAACAUCAUCAGUGAAGUUUAUCAGAUAACAGAAAAGUUAGUACACUGGCAUGAGGAUCCUGAGUAUGAGCAACUAACUUUGUCAAGAGAUCUAGGGCAUUAUCUGGAAACAGAAGAAAAUUUCACAAAAGCUUUUUUGAGAUUGUUUCCAAAUGUUGUGACAAGUAUUAGCAGUGAUAUGGAGAUUGAUCAAACAACUUUGGAAAAAAAGGGGCAAAGAGAUAUUACAGAACAGCGAAUUUCAGAAUCUACAGCUCAACAACUGCAACUAGACGACAAGAGCUUAGUUUGUGUUGAGAAUCCUGAUAAUCACAAAACAACCCUGGAAGCUUUGAAGGACCAAAUUCUUGAUCAAGAGCAUCUGCCCAGCAAGAAUAAGCCAGAAUUUAAACAGAUAGACUUGCUACAAAAAUCAGAUCAACUGAAAGCAGAUUAUUUGAAGACUGAAGGCCUACCUGUUCAGGAUUUCUCUCAAAAAGGGCUGAAGACACAGACAGAAAUUGGCCAAAGAAAGCACCUUAAAAACAUGGAAGGUUAUAGGGAAGAACUGGGACACAUGGAGUUAACAUACAUGUGGAGCAAAACAAAUACAGUCAUGACCAUUGCAAGAAUUAAAGGAAUUUCAUCCGCCUUGCAAUGGGCAGAAAAAGUUUUUAAAGUCACUAAGGAGAACAAGAUGAAGGAAGCGAAGAGUGAGUUAAGUUUUCGUGUGACUAGAUGCCAGGAACAAUUAUGCAUUCUCCAAAAUGAGGUAGACAGAAACACCCAAUUGCUUAUGCCCUUGCUUCAAGGCAUUGCUCGUCUUUUUCGUUUGCCAAUAAUAAAUGGAGAAUUACACUCGGAAGACAUGGAACUUGAGUAUCUUGAAGGUGUACAAGAGGAAGCUAUUGACCAGCUAUUGGGCCAGCUCAGCCGCUUUGAGGUGAUGAGACUCUUGCUGAUGUUGAAGACAAAGAAUCUGCAAAGGACUGGAACUAAGAUGGAGGGACUGAUGACUGUCCUGAAAGAAUCUCAGUCUAAGUCAGAAGAAUGGCAAUCCUGCUUCGAGGAUUCAAGAUUUUCCAUUAAGCAAUGUCCACGGAUUUUGAUAGAUCAGAGUGAUCUCACUACCUUACGAUUGUGGGAGAUGCUGGACAAACAUCAUCCAGAGAAACAACUUUUUCGUUCGUAUGAGACUUUGGCAAGCAGGGGUUCAAGAUUGUGCCAGGAACUCAAAAUGCUUCAAGUACAGUUAGCCACUCCAUUUCCUCAGUUUCUUAAACUGGAGUCUCAGAAAAAGGCACUAUACUGUUUGAUGUAUGGCGACUCCAAUCAGUUAAUGCUUCAUGCUCAGGAAUUGUCAGAACCUCUGGAGCAACUUAACAUCACACAGACUAAAAUCUAUCAAAUUCUAAUGGAUACCCAAACUGACCUAAAGGCCAAACGCAAAGCUCUGCAGAGCCACUUGCAGAAGACGGAGCGCAACCUCUACAUUUACUUCUUCAGUAACCCAGACCUUCUGAAGAAGACGGUAGAAAAAGUUGAAAAGCAGACACAGGUAUCUUCGUGAGCAUAAUGGAGCCAUCAGCGGACAAGAAAAGAAGAAAAUCUUGCUCGAAGGGGCUCUCAUAUAAAUUCCGUCUCAACUGAAUGGAAAGCUUCCGAGAGAAGCAUUCUGGCAUUGUUAGUAGGUUAAAGUUUCAUCUUCUUACCAUCUCUUCUCUGAAGAAUACAUUAAUGUCUAUUAAGUUGGAGGCCUUUUUCUGAGAGUUGAUUUGACAAAAUGUAUCUAUUACCAUAAAUCACCUGGGAAAUAUUGUACAGUAUAAGAAUUCCAUGUAUAAUGUUCUUCUUUUUUGGAUUCUUACAAUGCUACAGUAUAGAAGAGUAGAAUAUAUACAUAGCGGGGGGAGGGAGUUUCUUCUGAAUUUGUUGUGCAGAAAUUGAGAUGGGGUACAUAAAACUAUGAAUAUUUUAAAGAACUGAA